AUGUAUGAAGGCAAACACAUACACUUUUCUGAGGUUGACAAUAAGCCGUUGUGCUCGUACAGUCCCAAACUGUGCAAGCAGAGGCGACUCAACGGCUACGCCUUCUGUAUCCGGCACGUUCUGGAAGACAAGACCGCCCCCUUCAAGCAAUGUGAAUAUGUGGCCAAGUACAACAGCCAACGUUGCACCAACCCCAUCCCCAAAUCUGAGGACCGCAGGUACUGCAACAGUCACCUACAGGUUCUCGGGUUUAUCCCGAAAAAGGAGAGGAAGAAAAAGAAUGAUCCAACAGAAGAGGUGAAAGUUCGGCACCAGAUGGACUCCAUGGCUUUCAGUCUGACGGUUCCCCCGCUGGCCUUGAAGAUGCCCAACGGACUGGAUGGGAUGUCCCUCUCUCCGCCGGGGGCUCGACUUCCUCUGCACUACCUGGAUGCGGAUUUGGAAGACCCUUUUGCUUUCAACGAGGAAGACGAGGAUCUCAAGAAAGGGGUGACCGUGAAGAAGAAGCUGCAGAGCAAGCUAGCCCAAAACCGACAGCGCCAGAAAGAAACGGAGAUCCUGCGAGUUCGCCAAGAGCACUUUAGCCCCCUUCCUGCACCUCCGCAGCAGCCUCUGCAGCCGCCGACGCAGCCGACGCACUCCCAUCUCCCACCUUUACCAACCGCUUUAAAGCCAGCAGGGCUGCCGCAGGGCUUAGUCUGCAAGUCACCUCAACCUCAGAACACCAGCCUACCAAUGCAGGGAGUGGCGCCCACCACACACACUAUAGCACAAACCAGGCAGCUGUCGAACAAGAGACCCCUGCCUCUCCCGCCCCCGGUCAGGGGUCCCGCCCCCGCCCCACCCCGGGCCGACAGGAUCCUCAUGAAAGCCACCGCCUUCUUGCCACACUCAUCCUGUAUGAGCCGGCUACAGAGACUGGUGAAACUGUGCACUCAGAAACAGCAGCUGGACGCUGAUCUGUUUCCACAUUUAGGGUUGGACUGGUCUGAAGACAGUGGUGAAGAAUGGGAGGAAUGGGAGCAAAGUUCACCGUACCAGGUUGCGUGGUCUAUCCGAGAAGCCCUCAGAUACGAAAGGAGUCAGUUGGACGACAACAGCGAUGCCAGCGGCAGGCGUUCUCGCAUUUCCCAACUUUGCACUUACUUCCAGCAGAAAUAUAAGCACCUCUGCCGCCUGGAGCGAGCGGAAUCGCGUCAAAGGAAAUGCCAACAUACGUUCCGGAAAGCAUUGCUGCGGGCAGCCAGCAGAGAGCCGGAAUGCGCUGGACAGUUGAUGCGAGAACUCCGAAGAGCUUCGUGUGGUCGGACCAGUACGAGCGAAGUGAAGCAGAGGGAUGCGUCGCCGUGUACGGGAACCACGAAGGGUGAACCAUGCACCAGUCUUCCAUUCACAAAACAUUGCUUUCAGCAUAUCCUCUUGAACCGUUCGCAGCAGCUGUUCUCGAGCUGCACAGCCAAGUUUGCCGAUGGACAGCAGUGCUCGGUGCCAGUUUUAGACGUUACGCAUCAGACCCCCCUGUGUGAAGAACACGCCAAAAAAAUGGAUAGCUUCUUGCGCGGAGACAGCUCUCGCAAAGUCCAGCACCAGCAGCAGAGGAAGCCCAGGAAAAAAACAAAGCCACCUGCACUCACCAAAAAACACAAGAAGAAGAGAAGGCGGGGGCCACGGCGACCCCAAAAACCGAUUCCUCCUGCUGUGCCCCAAGGAAACCUCAGUAUGCCCACCAGCGUCUCACUGCCAAUGGAGAUCUCCCAUAUACGGAGCCCCUCCACACCGGAGCUGAGUACGGACGAGCUGCCAGAUGACAUCGCCAAUGAAAUCACAGACAUUCCACAUGACCUCGAGCUGAACCAGGAGGACUUCUCUGACGUCCUUCCGAGGCUGCCUGACGACUUGCAAGACUUUGAUUUUUUUGAAGGUAAAAACGGAGAUCUCCUUCCAACUACCGAAGAAGCAGAGGAGCUGGAGCGGGCCCUGCAGGCGGUAACUUCUCUUGAGUGCCUGAGUACUAUCGGAGUACUCACACAGACUGACGGCGUGCCUGUUCAGGAGCUCUCGGACAGAGGGAUAGGGGUGUUCUCUACGGGCGUGGGGACUCCAGGGAUUCAGUCCUUGAGCCGAGAAGUCAACGCGGAUCUUGGCGAGCUGCUCAACGGGCGCAUAGUCCACGAUGAUAAUUUCUCUAGCCUGGAUCUGGACGACAGCUUGCUCCGUUCUGCUACCUUAUCCAAUCCACCGACGCCCCUGUCAGGGCAGAUUCAGGGGCAAUUCUCCGCCCCAGCCAACGUUGGCCUUACUUCUGCCACUCUGAUAAGCCAGAGUGGGCUUGGGGAGAGAGACUUCCCAGGACAGUUCCAAGGACUUCAUGAUGGCAGCCAUGCCUCCCAGAGGCCACACCCUGCCCAGCUGCUAAGCAAGGCAGAUGACCUAAUCACCUCACGACAGCAAUACAGCAGUGACCAUUCACACUCCUCACCCCACGGAAGCCAUUACGACAGUGAGCACGUGCCGUCUCCCUACAGCGACCACAUCACGUCCCCCCACGCCGCCUCCUACUCUGGCGAUAACUUGGCAGCUACUUUUUCCACGGAGAUGCCCAUCAUAGCACAGCACUUGCUACCAUCGCAGCUCGAGGUGCCGCUCAGCGGGGUGGUGAACCCCAGAACUCACUGGGGGAGCCUCCCCGUCAGCCUCAGUGACCCUUCUCCGUUCAGCAAUCUCCUCGGCGCGGACGGGCACCUCCUUUCCACCUCCUUGUCCACGCCGCCUACCACGUCGCACUCAGAGACCACACAGCCUGCCUUCGCCACCGUGACCCCCAACAGUUCCAGUGUGCUCCCAGGGUUACCGCAGACCAGUUUCAGUGGCAUGGGGGCUGCGUCUUCUGAACUCAUGGCCUCCACCUCCCCCAAGCAGCAGCUCCCGCAGUUCAGCGCUGCCUUUGGCCAUCAACUGAGCUCACACAGUGGCAUUCCCAAGGACCUGCAGCCCAGCCACAGUUCCAUAGCGCCCCCUACGGGAUUCACAGUAACAGGUGCCACAGCUACUAGUACCAAUAAUGGAUCUGCUCCCUUCACCACCUCCAGUUGA